AUGACGGAUGGAUACCCACUAGGGAAUGGGAGACUUGGGGCUAUCUCACCAGGCACUGUGCUACGUGAUCAUAUAGUCCUGAACGAGGACUCAUUCUGGUCAGGAGCACUACUUCGUCGAGUGAAUCCGGAUGCUUUGCAGAGUGUGGCCACAAUGCGAGAACAAGUCAAGCAGGGUUUUAUUCAGCAAGCGCAGGAUCUCGGAGGCUUGGGAUAUGCAUCGACACCCGUUUCGACUCGACAUUACGAGCCUCUCGGUUAUAUCAAUUUGUCUCAGAAUGUUACAGGUAAUAUCACCGAGUAUGAAAGAUGGCUUGAUCUGGCUGAUGCAACUGCUGGGGUUUACUUUGUCAACAAAAACAUUUCUUACCAGCGUGAAUACUUGGCGAGCAAUCCGGCAGAUAUCAUUGCAAUACGCCUAAAUGCUAGCGAGCCUGGUUCAAUCAAUUUCAGAAUUCACUUUGGUCGAGACGAAUCUUCGCUCAAUCGCUGGCAGGACUUCUCAGAGCCGAUAAAUGGAGACACAAUUAUCUUCGGUGCGACGAGUGGAGCGAAAGAUCCGAUAAGCCAUACCGCAGGUGCCAGGGUUGUGGCAAAAGGAGGAAAGGUCUCCACGAUCGGAGACUACGUUAUCUGUCAAGGCGCAGACGAGGCUGUCGUUUACUUCACCGCUUACACCACCUAUCGCACGCAGGACACUCGCAGCGCUGUGCUGAAUGAUCUUGCCGCAUUCACACCAGACUCGUACAACGACAUUCGUAUUGAACAUGUUGCGGACUACCAGGAAUACUAUGAUCGUUUUAAAUUGGAUCUUGGCUCUUCAUCAGACAACCAGUCGUCAUUGUCUACAGUUGAGAGGAUGAGUACCAUCAGGCCCGAUAAGUUCGACCCUGAAUUGGCUGUAUUAUACUUCCAAUAUGGGAGAUAUCUGUUGAUCGCAAGCUCGCGUGAGGGAACUCUACCACCAAAUCUCCAAGGGAUAUGGAGUGAAGAAUUUAAUCCAAUGUGGGGUGCUAAAUACACCAUCAACAUUAAUCUGCAAAUGAACUACUGGCCCAGCUUGACGACAGGCCUGCAAGAUCUCGUCGGUCCGUUGAAUGAUUUGAUAAAACUCAUGACUACUGAAGGAAUGUAUGUUGCAAAAGAAAUGUACAAUUGCUCAGGUACUGUCUCCCACCACAAUGUCGAUCUAUGGGGAGAUUCUGCUCCCCAAGACAAUUACCAAUCAUCGACAUUCUGGCCUAUGGGGGCUACAUGGCUCGUCACGCAUGUGAUUGAGCACUAUCGAUUCACAGGUGACAAGGCGUUGUUAAGUGAGAUGUACCCAAUUCUCAAGUUGAACGCAGAGUUUGCGCUCGAUUUCUUGACACCUUGGAACGAAUACAUGGUCACCAAUCCCUCGCUCUCUCCCGAGAACAUAUACUACGCCCCUAAUGCUACCAAGCAGCAAGUGGCCAUAACAGCAGGGCCAACGAUUGACAACACACUAUUAUGGGAGUUGUUCGGCUUCAUUCUCGAAGCACAAGUAGAGCUGGGGAUCACCAAUGAGACUGAUUUUGCAAGUCGAGUAAGGGCCAUGCGCGGGAAGCUGCCACCGUUGAGAUUGAAUCAAUAUGAUGGCAUUGCCGAAUGGCCUGAGGAUUUUGAGGAGACUAAAUUCGUCAAGGCUUUACCCGGCAAUGGCCACAUGUCGCAUUUGGUCGGUCUCUAUCCAGUCCCACAGAUUACCGCAUCCAAUGCUACCACGUUUGAUGCGGCAUUGACAAGCUUAAAACACCGACUUGAUAACGGUGGAGGCAGCUGUGGUUGGCCUCGUGCCUGGACGGUCGCUCUCGCUGCAAGAACCUACUCAACUGAUAUCGUGCAUGACUAUUUCGUGGAUCAACUCUGGAACUGCACAUUCAAUACGUCUUUGCUCAACCAAGGAUAUCCAGCAUCAUUCCAGAUCGAUGGCAACUUUGGCACAACGGCUGGCGUCGUGGAGGCGUUACUCCAGAGCCAUGAGAGCGUCUCGACCGUAAAUAGUACGGCAGAUGGGUUGGCCGCCGCCUAUACUGGUGACGUCGACAAGGUAGUCUUGAUCAGACUGUUACCUGCCCUCCCAAAAGCCUGGGGAGCCAAUGGAGGUGGGUCAGUCUCUGGACUCAUCGCCCGAGGGGGAUUCGAGAUUGACAUUAGCUGGUCAAACAAUAGUGAGCUGGUUGCAGCCAGAAUCACCUCAAAGCUGGGGCAGGAGGCAUAUGUGACAUUGGGCCAGGGUACAAUUGGUAGCCUCGACAGCAAGAACGGCACAUCCAUCAAGAUCAAUGAUUUCGAGGCUGGGAAAUUUGUACACUUGAAUUCUACAAAAGGCAUAACGUACAAUGUCACCGUUGCUUAG